ACUAAACCGAAGAUAAAUCCAUAUACAGUAAAAUAGCGGUUAGCGGUUAGCGUUAGCUUCCACUAAUUUCUUUAUUGGUUUAGCGGUUUAGCAUAUGCGAAGUUAAUAUUAUGGUCAGUGGAUCACCAGUUAGCGAAGCUAACUUUUUGGUUAGCGGUGCCCACCACUGCUGGACACACUGCCGCUUCCAACACGUUGCAGCGUCUACUCUGUGACUGUUGAGUAGUGUACUCCGUAGAGUGCCCAACGCUGUCUGCUACUCCAGCUGAGCAGUGGACUGUUUUAGGCUACUACUCAGAAGGCUGCACUGUAUCAACUGUGUUGCCUACUGUAGAAUGCUACGUACAACUCACAGGGGUACUUUGUAGGCCACUUACAGGGCACUCUGGCUACUCAGACGAAUGGCUGAGGAAAAGGAGGAGGAGGAGGGGGAGGAGGAGGAGGAGGAGGAAGGUGGCCAGGAUGAAUGUGAGAGUGGCGGCACGCGUGUGGCAUGCGGCGGCCGGCCAGGCCAGUGUGGCUGUGUGCGGGUUGGCAGGUGGACACGGGCAGUGCGCACACUGCCGCGCCGCGCCGCGCCUCGCCACACAUGCAGCUGUUGGGGCAGGAGCCUGGCGGGGCUCGUGGCGGGGCCGCCCACACUGGUGCUCGUGGGCCUCGACUCGUCGGGCAAGACCACGGCGCUGCUGCGGCUCAAGUACGGCCACUACGUGAACACCGUGCCCACCGUCGGCUUCAACUGCGAAUGUUUGCGGGGCGGCGGUUGCUCCUGGGUGGCAUGGGACGUGGGCGGCGAUGAUCGCGUGCGAACCCUUUGGCGCGCCUACACGCGCGGCGCCGACGCGGUGCUGUUCGUGGUGGAUGCCAGCAGCGGCGAGGAGCGGCUGGAGGAGGCGCGCCACGAGUUGCACGUCCUGGUGCGCCGGCAAGCGGCACAGAGCGCCGCGCUGCGCCGCUCACGGCCGCCGCUGCUGGUGCUGGCCAACAAACAGGAUAUUCCGGGGGCCAGAACGCCCGCCGCCAUGGCUGACGCCCUCGGCCUGCACGACCUGCCGCCCGCCCAGCCCUGGGGCCUUGCACCCGCCUGUGCCGUCACCGGCGAGGGUCUGCCCGAGGCCAAUGACCUCCUGCGCCGCCUCCUCCUCAAGGCACGCCGGGCCUCGCCCCCUGCAGCCCUGCCCUUGCCACCGGCGAGGCGA